AUGGAGUUUUCAACUCGCACAGACAUUUCAAUAAAUCUUCCUAUAGGUUCUGCAUUAGAUCAAGAUGAUUGGAAUGGUCCAGGGGUUGUCAAUUUUCCCAGAAGCACUGGAGAUCUUUCUAUAGACUUUGCUUUGUUCAAAAUUAGUCAAUAUGCAAUUUCAACUUCUAUAUCAGACCGCAUAAAAUUUACAAGGAACCUGCCUGAGCUUCUUCAGCAACUUGGAAAAUCAUCAAAAGACUCAGCGUUCAAUGUAUUCUCUCAAAUUGUAAGCCCUAAUCAGCCAGAUUGAAGAUCAACCUGAAAUUAAAACUGAGUUUGCUUUGCAGCUACCUCACUUAAUCCCCCUUACCUCGGUGAGCGAACAAAACCAUUAGAAAAAUCCCUAUUUUUUGGGUCAAAGCCAACCCUCCGUGAGCUAGCAAAAAAUAUUUUAAGAUAAAGGUUAUAAUUACUAUAAUGAAAUCUCUAGCUAAUUCUGUUGAUUUUUAAACAGAUUUUAAAAAUAAAUUUACAAAUUAAAUUAUCUUUGCUUUCCAUUUUUCGUAUUUUUUAAAUUUUAGAAUAAAAUUUACUAUAAAUUUAUAUAAAUUCUUUAAGAUAAAAUUUAACACUCCUCAGUGAACGAACAAAAUUUUUUUUCGUUCACGUGGUGGGGAGAGUUAGCAGAUAUUUUUAUCAAAGAAAUGCACUCUUAUUCAGACGUUGUAGAGCAGAUUCUGCCAUGCUUAGAUAAAUUAUAUCUAUUUAGGGUGAAUAUUCCAUGAUUCUCUUAUACAGAAAAUUAAAUAUUACUAUAACUGCAUUAACCUGAAUUUUUAUAUUUUGUGAUCCAGAUUCUGAAGUUAUUAAAGGUGCAUGCGAUGCUGCAAUAAAACUAACUCCUAUUGUAGAAAAAGACGAAAGAGAAGGUGUUAUUUUGACUUUAGUGCUAAGAUUAAUACAUGAUGAAGAAGAAGAAAAUAAGCUAAAAGGAUUUACCGCUCUAAAAGAUAUUAUUCCUUAUAUCACUUCCGAUAUUUGUGAACAUUUCGUGAUUCCUGAAAUUGCAUCAUUUGCAGCAGACCCAAUAGUAAAAAUUAGAAAAUUUGUGGCUUAUUGUGUGCCAAAGACAGCUAAACAGGUAGCAAAGCCUGCGUUAUUGGAUAAACUGCUGAAUAUUUAUAUAACACUGAGUAAUGAUCCUAUUUGGGGAGUUAGAAAAUCAUGUGUGGAAGGAUUUUCUUUGAUGAUUCAAGUUUAUAAUGAAGAAGCGCAAGCAAACAUUCUGCAGCUGAGAUUCAUAGAAAUGAUGAAAGAUAAAUCCAAUUCUGUAAAGCAAGCUACUUUAUUACAGUUAGGAGAAAUAAUUGCAUACACUAAAGGAGCAUUAUUGCCAGCAAUUUUAGAUCAGUUUGUAGGAUUAUCGCAAAACAAUACCUGUAAAGGCGAAUUUCAGCAUCAUUGUGCAUAUUAUUUUCCAGGAAUACUGCAGAUAUUAGGCCCUGAAACUUGGAAUAUCUUAAGCGGCUCGUACUUCCAACUGUGCAGUGAAGGAGAAAAUAUAGCGAAAAAGAGCAUAGCAAGAAGUAUCCAUGAAGUAGCAAAAGUUAUAGGUCCAGAGGCAGCAAGUAAUGAUUUGAUAAAAGUUUACAAAGGAAUGUUUUUAGAAACAUGCCCCGCAAAAUCAAUUGCAUUGGAUAAUUUAGCUAAUUUUUUGAAAUAUAUCAAAGAAGAGUCAAGGCCAGUUUUUCUGCAGUAUAUAAAAAAAAACUCAAAAAAUGGAAACUGAAGAACAAGGCAUGCUAUCGCUAAGCAAUUAGAAGAUUUAGUAGACUUAUAUCCCAUUUCUAUUAUUAUAGGCGAUCUUUGGCCAAUAAUUUUUGAUUUAUGCAAAGACAAAAUUGCAAAAAUUCGAGAUGAGGCUGCAUUAGGACUAGGGAGGGCUGGAGCUCUAAUAUUAUCAUCAGACAAAAAAGAAGAAAUAAGUCGAGCAAUCAAAAGUUUUGCAAUUGAUCCGAGCUAUACAAACCGAUUGAUUUUUUCUCAAGCUGCUCUUCAUCUCGUAGAUUUACCUGACUUCCAAAGUUUAUUUGCAGAAGAAUUAUCAAAUGCUGCCAAUGACCCAGUACCUAAUAUCCGCAUUGCUUGCUCACUAGUAGUUAAAAAAGGCCACAAAAAAUACCCCACAAAUGAAUAUUGGUUAGGAUUGAACACAGCGAUGAGCCAUGAUUUUGACGCAGAUGUGAGAUGAAAUAUUACAGGAAAAUACGAAGACAAUAGAGGUGUCAAUAUAUUGCGGCCAGCACCCAAAAUGCCACCUGUUUUAACACCCCCUAUUUUGAGGCCUAUUAUGGCUGAUAAUGAUAUUAUUGAAAUUAUUAGUUUCAGCUGCUCAGGAGCAAGUUUAGAAUUUGAAGCUCUUAAAGAUACAAUUAGACCUGACUGGAGCGGAUUUGUGGAAAAUAUCCGAAUUAGCUCAGUCACUAUUUCUGAACUUUUAAUAGAAUCAUAG